AUGUCUCCUCCAACUAUGGUCCAAAAGCCUGUCGGCUCUGUCGGCAACCUCAAAUCCCCAGUGGUUCGCCUCGACUCCGGUGCUAACGAUGCUCAGGUUAGCUUCGCUGACUGGGAGAAGUUCAACUUCGCCCCAAUCAGAGAGUCUACCGUCUCCAGAGCUAUGACCAAGAGAUACUUCAACGACUUGGACAAGUACACUGAGUCUGAUGUUAUCAUUGUCGGUGCUGGUUCCGCCGGUUUGUCUGCUGCCUACGUCUUGGCCAAGAACAGACCAAACUUGAAGAUUGCCAUCAUUGAGGCCUCUGUUUCUCCAGGUGGUGGCUGCUGGUUGGGUGGUCAAUUGUUCUCUGCUAUGGUCAUGAGAAAGCCAGCCCACUUGUUCUUGGAUGAGCUUGAGAUUGCCUACGAGGACGAGGGUGACUACGUUGUCGUCAAGCACGCCGCUUUGUUCAUGUCUACCUUGAUGUCCAAGGUCUUGCAGUUCCCUAACGUCAAGUUGUUCAACGCUACCGCUGUUGAGGACUUGAUCACUCGUCGUGACGAAUCUUCCGGUGAGUUGAGAAUCGCCGGUGUUGUGACCAACUGGACUUUGGUCACCUUGAACCACGACACCCAGUCUUGUAUGGACCCUAACACCCUUAACGCUAACGUUGUUCUUUCUACUACUGGUCAUGACGGUCCAUUCGGUGCUUUCUGCGCUAAGAGAUUGGAGACCUUGAGACCAAAGAGCGCCAACGAGCCAUUCGAGUUGGGUGGCAUGAGAGGUCUUGACAUGAACAAGGCCGAGGACGCCAUUGUCAAGGGUACCAGAGAGGUCGCUCCAGGUUUGGUUAUUGCCGGUAUGGAGUUGGCUGAGGUUGACGGUUCCAACAGAAUGGGUCCAACCUUCGGUGCCAUGGCUCUUUCUGGUGUCAAGGCUGCUGAGUCUGUGUUGAACGUUUUUGACGUCCGCAAGAAGCAGAACGAGGCUACCUACGGUGGCUUGAACUAA